GAAUUGUCGACAGAGAGAGAAAAGAGAGAGAGAGAGAGAGAGAGAGAGAGAGAGAGAGAUAUCUAAAGUAGUAGGACACUUCUCUCAAUCACCUGUUCAGUCGCGAUUUAAAUUUGUGCCGUACCGAAGCUUAAGUUUUAUACUUUGCAAUAUGUCGUUCCGGGCUACAUUCAUGUGCCUAUUUAUUGUUACGUUAAUCAAUCGUUAUCAGUGCACGGAUAACGUAACCGACGUUACGGAACAAACGCAUACCGAAGAUGCGCUCGCAAAAUUGGUCAGAAUGUUUUCCAAGCCGGGAGCGUUUAAACGGAUUAAUACUUUAUUAGGUGAGAAUUCGAUCGAGGAAUCCUCGACGUCUUGUCCUAAAGGUGAGGAAGGUCUCGAAUGUAGAAGGGCGGAAGCUCGUAGAUCCGUCGAUUGUCCGGAAGGAGACUGUUAUUGUCACAAUUGUGCCGCAGCAGGUCCCGAUUUAUGGGCAUCAUGUUGUCGUGAGAGUCUCAGAUGUUGCUCACAUCUUGCGGCUGCUUGUAGAACGUGCGAUCAUCCCACUCUUUAUCCAUUUUGUUCUAAGCACUUUAAAAAGUGUACAAAUCAAAUGAAUCAAAAGAAAUUAACGUAAAGGUCAA